GGGGCUCACCUGGGUGUUCUUUGUGAAUGGACCUUGUGGAAGGAAGGGUAAGGCAGGAAAAACUUGAGUCUGGUAACAAGGAGUCUCUCUGAUGUGCUGUUUAGGAGUACUCUUUCAGGAACAGUAUCUUUAAAAUUACUCAAUUUGAAACAUCACUGAGACUGUGCACUAGAAAUAACCUCCUCAAAAAGACCAGCUUGCUGUCUCUUUUGAAAGUCAAAGGCCUGAUUUGCACACCGCACAGUAACUACCGCUCAUCUGGCAUCAGGAUCUCCCUCUGCCCAGACAGGCAUUAGAAAUCCACUAGCAGGCAUCCUCAAGGCAGUGUGAGCCUCUGUAACGCUCCCAGCAUUAAUGUUCCUUCCCCAAGCAGCCCGGCCUCCCACCAGCAUCCCUUCUCCAACAUGCAGCAGCUCUGGCCAUUUGAGCAUCUCCCUCCACAAAGCCCAUUUUGCUCCUCGCCAGCUUGCCUCCCCUCCCCCAGCCUCUUUUUCCCUCUCUUUUAGCUUACUUUCCCUCUCUUGCCAGGCCUUUGUGUGCAGCAGGGCAGGAACCUGGCAGACGGCUCAGGUGGGGGCUGCAGUGUUAAUUGCAGAGCUCCCUAUUGCUGCAGAAGUGAAGCCCCCUCCAGCAGGAGCCUGGUGCAACCAGGCUGUUCCCACAGAGUGCCAGGGCUGGGGGGCUCGCAGGGGUGAGGGAGCUCAAAUUAAUGAUCCAGGAGUAAAUAUUUAUAUUGAUCCCAUUGUGCAACUCAACACUGCUGCUAAGCUCAAAGUGAGCUGAGUAUAGCUUUUGCUAGUUGUCACCACCAAAACACAUGGCAGGCUGACAUGUAUGAAAAUAAGUACAUAAAUAAUGUGAGUUAAUGAGAACAACAGCCACCCUUAAUUUCUUUCUUCAAAGAUGUCACCUUCAGUUCAUGCAGUGCUUAAAGCUCGACUUAGGAUGCUGCUCUGACCAAUUUGUGCUUGGGUCCAUGCAUGCACACAGCACAGAGAGAUGGGUGUUGCACACUGGCUACAUCUUUGAAAAUAUGACCCAUUACUCUUUGAACUGCCCAUCUGCUCUAAUAUGCAGACUUCCACAGUGGUGUCUGGCUGAAGCAAAGACCUGACUGACUGCAGUCUUUGUGCUUCCGACCUCAUGCCCUGCUUCCAGCCAGUUGUUCAGUAAGCACCUCACCUUCUUAGAGUUUUUUGAGAAAAAUAGAUCUCUCAAUGAAACAAUUAAAUCCAGUGAAAACAGGUGGGAUGACAGGGAGAAAAAGAGCAUUUGUUGGUGGAUUUUCAUGUGGCACUGGGACACGAGUGGCUACAUGGUCUCCACGCAUUUUUGUCAAUGAGACCUCCAGUAGUGAUUGAGCCAGGGUAGCUCCAGUCUGAGCUGUUCACGUGGUUUGUUAAUGCUACUGAUAUGCAGUGGAAAGAAUCCUCCCAGAGCCCAAGCUGGGGUGAAUAGAGGGACAGAGUGGUGGCAUGGCUGGCUAGUAUAGCUCCAGAAGUACAAACUGGAAUGAUCUCAGGGUCACUGCAUCAGCAUGCCCAGACCAGCGCAGCCACCUCAGUCUGCGGGUGAAGGGUGCUGGUCAGAUAGGUUUAAUUUCAGCAAUGCUGCAAACAGCUUUCUGGAAUUAAGUCUGGCUGGGUUUAAUUACAGAGUAGGACCCCCACUCUCCCCUCGGUGGGACUGGCUCGUACAGCCUCGUCCAUCACUGGGCAAGCUGGGGCCUGCCCUGCAUUUUAAUGAAUAGUCAUGAGGGACAGAAAGGGGUGGGCCCCGUUUUGUUGUUGGAUGCAGCUAGUUGACAGAACUAAGGGAGAUGAAAAAAGCAAAAAAGCCAACAAACCGCACACAGGUGGCCAGUGCAGCAUCCCUGGCACUGCCUCCCCAGUCCUGCACCUCAUGCUCCGGCACUGCAUCUCCCCGGCUGGCUCCAUCUCCUCCCGACCCCAUGACUCCUCUGGCGGGACAGUUCCCACUUGUCUGUAAAUCCCAAGAAGACUAAAAUGUUGUACAUCAGUGACCCGAUGCAGCAUUAUACCACGUCCCAGUUUAAUUUGCUGAACAACAGCAUGGAUCAGAGCAUCGGCAGCAGAGCAGCCUCCACCAGCCCUUACAGCUCCGAGCACACCUCCAAUGUCCCAACGCAUUCACCCUACUCGCAGCCCAGCUCUACCUUCGACGCCAUGUCCCCAGCUCCCGUCAUCCCCUCCAACACUGACUACCCAGGUCCCCACCACUUUGAGGUGACCUUCCAGCAAUCCAGCACAGCCAAGUCAGCCACCUGGACAUACUCCCCACUGCUGAAGAAGCUCUACUGUCAGAUUGCCAAGACAUGUCCCAUCCAGAUCAAGGUGUCCAGCCCACCGCCACCGGGCACCAUCAUCCGGGCCAUGCCUGUCUACAAGAAGGCCGAGCACGUGACAGAAGUGGUGAAACGCUGCCCCAACCAUGAGCUGGGGCGUGACUUUAAUGAUGGCCAGUCAGCCCCAGCCAGCCACCUCAUCAGAGUGGAAGGCAAUAACCUCUCCCAGUACGUGGACGACCCUGUGACAGGACGGCAGAGUGUGAUGGUGCCCUACGAGCCCCCACAGGUGGGGACCGAGUUCACCACUAUCCUGUACAACUUCAUGUGCAACAGCAGCUGUGUGGGAGGAAUGAACAGGAGACCCAUCCUCAUUAUCAUCACCCUGGAGACGAGAGAUGGCCAAGUCCUAGGAAGGCGAUCAUUUGAGGGACGGAUCUGUGCCUGUCCUGGCAGAGACCGGAAAGCUGAUGAAGACCAUUACCGAGAGCAACAAGCCCUGAAUGAGAAUGCAGCUAAAAAUGGCAACGCCAACAAACGCACAUUCAAACAGAGCCCGCAGGCAAUCCCAGCACUGGGGCCAGGCGUUAAGAAACGGAGACACGGGGAGGAGGAGAUGUAUUAUGUGCCUGUGCGAGGCAGGGAGAACUUCGAGAUCCUGAUGAAGAUAAAGGAGAGCCUGGAGCUGGUGGAGCUGGUCCCGCAGCAGCUGGUUGACUCCUACCGGCAGCAACAGCAGCAGCUCCUGCAGAGGCAAAAUCAGCUGCAGACGCCUUCCUCCUACGGCCCUGUCCUCUCACCCAUGAAUAAAGCCCAUGGAGGAGGAAUCAACAAGCUACCCUCUGUCAACCAGCUGGUUGGGCAGCCAGCACAGCACAGCUCUGGCUCAGCACCAAGCCUGGGGCCAAUGGGACCUGGAAUGCUGAACAGCCACCCCAUGCAACCCAAUGGAGAAAUGAAUGGGGGCCACUCGUCCCAGUCCAUGGUCUCAGGAUCGCACUGCACCCCUCCUCCACCCUACAACCCUGAUCCCAGCCUAGUCAGUUUUUUAACAGGAUUGGGGUGUCCAAACUGCAUCGACUAUUUCACCUCACAAGGGUUACAGAAUAUUUACCACCUGCAGAACCUAUCCAUAGAGGAUCUCGGAGCACUGAAGAUCCCAGAGCAGUACCGGAUGAUCAUCUGGAGGGGCCUUCAGGAACUCAAGCAGAGCCACGACUACGGGGCCCAGCAGCUCAUCCGCUCCAGCAGCAACGCCUCCACCAUCUCCAUUGGCAGCUCAGGUGAGCUGCAGCGGCAGCGUGUGAUGGAAGCCGUGCACUUCCGUGUGCGCCACACCAUCACCAUCCCCAACCGCGGCGCGGCAGACGAGUGGGCAGACUUUGGCUUUGACCUCCCAGACUGCAAGUCCCGCAAACAGUCCAUAAAAGAAGAGUUCACGGAGGGAGAGAUCAACUGAGGGUCUCCAGGACACGACGGUAGGAGACCGGACACAAAGGGAGUCCAAGGGACGGGCUGGGGAAAUCAAACCCCACGUGAAAAAUGGGAGAAUACUUUCAGCCUUGAGCAUCUGGAGAUGCAUAAUUUUGCUGGACAGAUGCGGACUGUCGGCUGCAUGAGAAAAUACGGCCCCGAUCCAUCUGCCAGGUACUUCCCAGAGAGGAAAUCCCAGUGGUUUUGUCAGAGGAUCGAUGGAAGGACAGGGCGGUGAGACGGCUCCUGGAAUGCAGCACAGAUUCUGACUGCACGCGGCAGAGGAAUCAUCUGCUGGUUCAUCCUUCUGUUUUGUAUUGUGCUGGACGAGCCUUGCAUCAAAGAGAUGCAGCAUAAAGAUAGCACAUUUUCUGUUAGUGAGACCUACAUUCUUACCUCUGUUCUGUGUUCUCAGUGGUGUCGAAUACCAGCAGGUCCUGAUCAUGGUGAAAAAACGAUUUAGCCCUUAUCUGCUCCAUUCCUGUAUGAGUAUCUGCCAUUGACUGACACAAAGCAUGUCUGCUUUCCUCAUGGACUGCCAGAAGAUGUGUUCCUUUCAGUUCCUUGUAGAGCAGAAGCUGACCUCUUCAUCAGUUCCAGAUGUGUUCACGUACUUAAAUGUUUGUGUGUAUCAACAACACAAUGUACAUACAGUAUGCUCAUUGUGCUGCAAGGAGAAGAAAAGAUUUAUUUUCAUGUAAGCUAUAAAAAUUGAUACUCCUGA